AGUUAGAACGGGAGAGUAAGAUAAAGUAGAGUCGACGCAAGAGUUUUUUUUUCCCUCAACUUUUGCCGAAUAGCCGUCGGCGUUAGCGUAGUAUAUUUUCUCUCUUUCUUUUUGAAACAAUCCAGAUUGCAUCCGUCUCCCAGUUCCGUACUUCCUUGCUUCUGUAUUGAGUUCGUAAAGAGCUAGCAGCCACUUUACCGCUUACUUGUGUGAGCGAGUGUAUGUGCUGGUGUCUGUUGUUGAAGAAGACCCCGCCAACUGUUUUAGCGUCAGACCGCCUGAAGCGUCUGCUUAAUAGAGUGAACCGCAGUCACGCUGUCUCCAUUGUACACUCCAUAUACAAUAAAAGCAAAGGAAACCGUCAAGCAACCGCGCAGAGACAUUCAUUCUGCCAUAUCACAAACACGCAAAGACACAGUGCACGCUUUUUUUUCUUCUUUGUUUCUCAGAGUACUUACAACUUGCUUUCCAAUUCUGUUGCUUCAAAGAUAUUCUUUUCUUUCCAAUCUUUCUCUUUCGCUAGAUUUUCCACUUGUUCUGUGCGUGCGUCUCUGCGCGACGUGUGGUGUUGACAAGCUGGACUACACCGAUACAGAGAAGUUAUAGCAUCGUCUGCAGUCAGCCGUCACCUGUACCCCGACGGCGUGAAGGGGGAGAGCCUUUUUUGUUGAAAACAGUUCUCUCUCUCUCUGUUGACAAAUCGAACACAUCGUGUCUUUUCUUUUUUCUUUUUGGUGUAACGCUGUUUGUCCCUUUACCAGCCUUUUUUUUUUGCAACGAAGACGAUUCUUUUUUAAGCAGCAACACUUCCAACCAUGAGCUCGCCCAAUCACAGUCGGGGGCAGCUAGGCAACAGCAACGGCAAUAGAACCAAUGGACACGUGUUAACACCCAGCAUCGGAGCCGCGUCGCCGAACCGCGCUGAGACGGCAGCAGAGACAGCAACAGCUGCAGACGACGGCGUAGUCCCGCUGAACGGCACCAUCCAAGGCGUGUACCCCCGCCCCGCCCUCCCCCCGCCGCUCCCACCCGUGCAGCGUGGCUCCGCGAUCGCAGGCGCCGACUCCGCCAGCACACCACCACCGCAGAGCGUCAGCCGCCACAACGACGCCUCGGCGCUGCAGCCGAACACGUACACGAGUCGUGCGUCGUCCUCCCACAGCCGACCUGCGAUGCCCCGCAGCAACACCCCCGACGGGGCCGGAGUGAACUCCACGAUGAACUCCGCCGCACGCCGGCCGUUGACCACGCACCACCAGAACCAGGGUGGUGUGGGCGACAGCACCACUCUCCGACAGUCUUCGCAACCCACCAGUACUUCCCAACAGCAGCAACAACCGCGAAGCCGCGCAGCAUCCGCCAAGGGCAGCCGUGCGGCGUCACGUAAGGCGGCCCCCUCGCGCGAUCGCAGCGACAGCGGCAAUGAUGGCGUCUCAAGCGGGGACAGCAAGCGUGGCGGCGACCACGUGGAGGAGCUUCUUGAACUCCCACUCACCCACACCCAGCCGAUUGAGAAGUUCUUCGUCGAGUACAACCCUGCCGAUGCCGACCGCGCUGAUGACGGGCAGCCGCGCAACGACAACGAGGUGCUGCUGGAGCAGUUCGCCGAGUACACGGACGAUGACUCGUUCUUUUCCUCUAGUGACACGGUGAUUGAGUGCGAUCCGCAGCGUCUGCGCAACGAUCCACUGCGGCAGCGGGCAGUGGUGUCGGUGCACAACACCUUGCAGCUGCGCGCGCUGACCAACGGCCGCGUGCCGGAGGACACCGCGUGGGAUGACGAGACGCGCACCUCGUGGCUCUACCAAAUCCACAAGCGCGACAUUGCCCUGCAGUACAGCUCCUUUUUCAUCUUCCCCGCCCGCUGGACCCCACGCGUGGUGGUGUACAACGUCAUGCACCACUGGCUGAUGGAGAUGUUUAUCCUCCUCAUCAUUCUCGGCUACGCCAUUUUUCAGGCGACAUGGGGACGAUACACCGCGCCGCGGAGCCAGAUGAGCAGGCCGGACCACAUGCUGUGGGCCGAUGUCUUCUACACAUGCCUGCUCGGGUUCGAGAUGAUUGCACGGCUCUUUGCGAGCGGCUUCAUUGCACACAAGCGCGCCUUUUUCCGCUCGCCGUGGCACUGGCUUGACACGGCGUGCCUUGUGAUGAUGAUCCUAGAGUGCACGUGGUGGCAGUACACGUGGAACUUCACGGCAUGGCGGCUGAUCCGCACCAUCAAGUGCUUCUCCUACGUGCCUGUUCCCGUGCGCAUGAAGCUGUUGUCCAAGUCUCUCCUCCGUUCCACGAACCGGCUGAUCCAGGUGACCAUCGUACUCGUGUACUUCAUCUUCUUCUUUGGUCUCCUCGGGCUACAGCUGUUCGUCGGGACGCUGCACAACCGCUGCGUCAACACGCUCACGGCGGCGGUGACGACGCAGGUGUGCCGCAGCGUCUCCACCGGCCAGUACUGGUUCUACUGGGGCCACCAUUGCGGGGAGUUCUUCACCUGCCAGGUCGACGCCUUCCCCAAUCCGCAUUACGACUUCCGCAGCUUCGACGACAUCGGCCACGCGAUGCUGUCCGUCUUUCAGAUCAUGACCUUCCAGGACUGGAGCGGCCUGAUGCUGGAGACGAACGACGGAGUGGCGGUGAUGGCGUUCUUGUAUUACGCCUUCACGAUUCUCAUCUGCACCUGGAUUGUUCCCUCCCUCUACCUCGGUGUCUUUCUGGAAAAGUUGGAGAAGACGAGUCGUCUCUUCGUCCUGAAGCAGCUAGACUUCUUUGAGCACAUGCUGACGGAGCAGCGCCAGCGCAUGUCAGCCAUGGUGCGCCUGCACGACUACGUGGCACGCGACGAGGACGGCCACGUCUCCCAUUAUCCGACCUACCGGCGUCGGCGCAGCAGGGAGCAGAAGCUGACGGACGAUGAUAUGCCGAGCAGCAGCUCCAUCGAGAAGACCCGCAAGAAGCCGCGCAGCAAGAAGGACCACCGUCGCGAUAUCCAAUCCACGCCGUGGACGGAUGAACAGCGACUGCAGCUCCAGCUGGCGCUUACUCGCCAGCGCGACGUCGCCGAGGCCGCAGAGCGCCGGCGCCGGCUGCAGGAAGCUACCCUGGGCGAUUUGAUCAUGGGGGAGGGCCAGGACGGCGGUGCAAACGGGCGUCGCCGCCGCCGCACCAGCAGCACGGCGGACAACGCCCAACGUCACGCCCUCGCCGCCCGCGGUGCGUCUCCGCAAGCAGCAAAAGGGCGCGAUGACUUCGCAUUGGGCGGCCACGUGGGCGCCGUGCAGCACCACCCCGCCGCCUUCGCCAUCGGUGCCUCCCACCAGUCAGACCUUCCGUUUGCGGUGCGGCAGGAGGUGCAGGCGGAGCAGCUGCGCUUCUUGGACCCCUACACAAACAACGGCAGCUCGGCCAAGAACGACAUGUACAACUCCACCGCCGGCUCGCGCGCGAACGGGAACAACGGCAGCGGGAUCCUCAACAACAGUAACGGGGAGUCAGGGGAGGGUGCUGCCAUGACCCGAGGGAGCAGCCGAGCGGCAAGCAGCGCACGCCCUCCGCUGGGAUCGGACAAGCGCGCGCAGAGCGUGCUGAUGGCACGCGAGACGGCCGGUGUGGUGCCGCACCGACGUUCCAUGUCCGUUCGUGGUGCCAUGUCUCGCACCUCCAGCAUGAGCGGCCGCGGCUCGGUCAGGGGCCUCCACGCCUCGAUGGUGCAGCAGCCGGAGUCGGCGAACCGGCCGGACCAGGUGGAGAUCGUCAUCAACGACCCGGAGGGUGGCGACUUCAAGGAGGCCAAGACGUUCGUCGACAAGGUGAACAUCAUCCGCAACAUCGUCCACAUGUUCACCGAGGGCUACCCCCGCAUCAUCUCGCAGUACCUGUGGGAGCACCGAAUGAUGCAGUUCCGCUACGGCCUCUCGCCUCUGGCGUACACGAACCGGUACGAAGACGAAGCGCUGCGUCUGCUGCGGCAGCGCCGUGCACAGGAGCGCCGCGAGGAGCACGAGGAGCUGCGCCGCAUGGGAAUGGCCCACCUCAUCGACGAGGACGAGGACGAGGAGGAGCAGGCCGGCCCCGACGGGCACACGGAGAAACGGUGGAUGCGACGCGAGGGUCUGGUGGCGGGUGGCAUGUCGCCGAUCCGCAUGGCGCGCAACAUCCGCGAAAACGCGCCCAUCACCGUGUUCAAUUACAUUUGGUACUUCUUCAUCGUCGCCAACGCCGUCUUCAACGCUUCACGCUUUGACACGAUGCCGGACUACUGGGAGAUGGGCACCUUUGUGGCUGGUGUGUGCUUCUCGGUGCUCUUUAUGCUGGAGCUGCUGAUCCGCCUGCUCGCCCUCGGCCCAGGUCCGUUCUUCACCGAUCCCCUCAUCGUCGUUGAAGCAACGUUCAUGGUCAUCUCGCUCUUCCAACUCGGCUUCAGCAGGGCCAACACGACGGCCGUCUUCAACUGGGUCCGCUUCCUUCGUCUUUUUCGCGUCAUUCCCGUGCGACCCCUGCGCCGCGUUGCACGGGUGCUGCUGCACAGCUUCCCGGACAUGAUCUACGCGCUCGUCUUCUUCUCCAUGUACAUGUUCAUGUGGCUGCUGAUCGGCAUGAGCUUUUUCGGCAGCCGUAUCGGCUGGAUUGAUUACGGCACGAGUGACUAUCAGACCCGUGGCAACUUCGAGACCUUCUCGCACGCCGCGUACGCCGUCGCCCAGGCGUUCUCUGUAAACCGCGAUCAGUGGCUGUACAUGUCGUGGUCCGGCAUGCGCGUCCGAGGUGGGUACACCGUCAUGUACUUCAUCGCCACCGUCGGCGUCGCCUUCAUCUUUCGCUUCUUCUUCAUUGCCGUGAUGACCUACGCGUGGCAGGCGCAGCAGGAACAGGAGGACUACUACUUCAUGUCUGGCAGCAGCCACACUCGCCAUCAGCGCAGCCGCUUCUUCCGGCUGCCCUUCUUUGACUACAGUGUCUGGCGGUCGUUCAAGCACAUUCACGGCGGCUUCGAGCGCCGCGACGUCGCACCUGACGAGGUGUACUUUCUGAAUGAGGACAUGGCCCGGCAGUUGCGCCUGGUCGAGGCGAAGGACCACUAUUACCGCGAUCAGUACGGUCGCGACAGCAGCGGAUGGGCGUACACGGAGGACUACGACCCCGACCGGGACGGGGAGGCGUACGGCCCAGACAGCGCGCUGUUGGACGGGCUGCAGUACGUGAACAUCGGCGGCCGCCUCUACCGCCAGCCCAGCCUGCCCGCAACGGAGAUGGGCUACAGCGAGGGCGGCCUGCCACAGCACCAUGGCCAGCAACGCUUUGCUCGCCACUACCACGCCGUCCCGGCGACCACCUACGCUACGGCAAAUACGCAGCAGCAGCAGCAGCAACAACAAUUGCUGGACGACGUGGACGGCAGUCGUGGGAUCGUGAACCCCCUACUCGCCAGCCGCCACAGUCUCUCCCCGGCGCGCCAGCGUGGCUCGGUGAUCGACCCGUACGCCAGCCGCGUCGCCGACUCGUUGGCGGAGGAGCGCACCAACAACGUUAACAUCAGCCUCGCACCGCGUUUGACGAGGCUCGGCAACUCGCGCGUUGUCGGCGCCGCCCCCGACCAGCGCAACGCUGGCGACGCGGAGGAAGAGGAGGAAAUGCGGGAGAUGAACGAGCUUGACGUGGCGGACUUCGAGCACCUGCUGCUGCCGGGUCCCCGCCUGCGUUACAGCAGCCGCGUCGAGGACGAUGGUCGCCGCGUGUUUGAGACGUGCCUGGACUGCAACACGCACAUGCAGAUGCCACUGCGUGCACCGCCAGGCGUUGCUCAACGCACCCCAGAGGAGCUGCACGCCGAGCACUGCCACAUGGCCGCCGUACGCAGCUCGCAGCAGCUGGUGCUGAACGCACUGAUCGGCUACGCCCGCAUGCAGGCCGACCACGAGGUGACGCCGACGAAGCGGAUGGUGGAAAUUGUGCUGGGACAGGCGUGGAGCUGCGGGAUGCUGCUCUUCGACACAAUAGAGAGCCUCUCCUGCAUGGACUUGCCGGAGCGGGAGCGCUCGUGGGACCGCACGCUGGAGGCACUGGAGCUGCAGCAGUGGCUGCUCGGCCUGCACGUCGGCGAGGAGCAAGUCGGCCGUGCCACCCUCGCCUACAUCCUGGCGCACCAGAAGAAGCAGGAGGAGCAGGUGCAGGAGCGGCAGUACAAGGAGACGUGGCAGGAUCACACCUUCUUUGUGCUGUCCUCUUCCAACCCCUUCCGCCGCGCCGUUACGGCGAUAGCGAACUCGAUCUGGUUUGAGGCGAUCAGCUUAAUCGUCAUCUACGCCGCGUCCAUCUGCCUCGCCGUGUACGCACCAGCGGACGGCAACCGAGACUUUGGUGGCAGCUUCAACAGCGGCAAGUACAAGGCACUGCACGUCCUCGACGACAUCUUCUCCGUGAUCUUCGCAGUGGAGAUGGUGCUGAAGUGGAUCAGCAUGGGGGUCGUUCUGCCGCUCCGCCGCGCCUACUUCUGGCAUCUGUGGAAUAUCUUCGACUGCUUCAUCGUGGUUAUCUCGCUCGUCUCGUGGGGCAAGUCAGACAUCUUCCUGCGCUACCUGAAGGUGAUGCGCUGCUUCCGCAUUUUGGGUCCGCUGCGCUACUGGCGGUGGGGCAGCAGCAGCAUGUCCCUCGUCGCCCGCACACUGUGGGACAGCAUCCCGACCUUGGCCAACGUGUGCUUGCUGAUGCUGAUGAACUACAUUGUGUGGGCCAUCCUCUUCGUGUCGAUGUUCAUGAACAAGAUGAACUACUGCACUGACGCGUCCAUCGUGAACCGCACGCAGUGUCUGGAGGAGAACCACCGGUGGGUGCCGGCGCAGCGCAACUUCCGCAACUUCUACGAGAGCCUGCUCACAACGGUGGAGAUCAGCACCGGCGCAGAGUGGUUGGACGUGAUGUACAGCGCGGUCGACUCGCGCUCUCCGGUGAUGCCGCCGCUGCGCAACCGCCACCCCUACCUGGGUCUGGUGUUCAUCGCGUACUACUACCUCUCGCAUUUCGUCCUCUUCACGCUGUUCAUCUCCGCCCUCAUUUACUGUUACAUGCUGGCGAAGAGCGCUACCGAGGACGCGGCCGGCACGACGGUGGAGCAUCAGAUGUGGCUGCGCAUGCAGGGCAUGAUUCUGCGUCUGAAGCCCAAGGCGCGCCUGCUGCCCAUGAACAACCCCUUCUCCCGUUUCAUUCACUUCAUCGUCGCGAACCGCUGGUUUGAGGGCUUUAUGGGGCUCGUUUUGCUCUUCAAUAUGGUGACGAUGGCGCUGCAGUGGUAUCACAUGAACCACACGCAGCGGGUUACCUUGGACGUUUUCCAGUACGUCUUCAGCGGCUUCUUCACUCUUGAGGUCAUUCUCCGCCUCGUCGCGCACGGACCCCGCUUCUUCACGCGCUGGGCCUACUGCUGGGACCUCCUGAUUUGCAUUCUCUCCUACAUCCAGAUCGGCCUCAACACGACCCACACCCACCAGGUCCCCUUCAACGUGAACGUGCUGCGUGUGCUGCGCGUGGGGCGCAUUGUCCACCUCCUCCGCAUUGGUCUGCCCUUCUCGACGCACUUCACGCUCUUCCACGAGGUGCUGAAGACUUCUGUCCCGGGGCUGGUCAGCGUCACCUUCAUCUACAUGAUCGCCGUGUACGUCUUUGCGAUUCUGGGCCUGCACUUCCUCGGCUACAUCGUACCCUACAGCGGCAAUUACAUCGACAGCACCUACAACAACUUCGCCACCUUUGUGAACUCGUUGAUAAUGGUCUUCCGCCUCUCGACGCUACAGGACUGGGCAACGAUGCUGCGCGCGAGCAUGGACCACGGCGACUACUGCUCUCGGGCCAGCAAGCGCUGCGGACCGACAGACUGGGCACCGGUCUACUACAUCCCCAUCGUCAUCUGCUUCUUUUUGAUGCUCAGCACCAUGUACAUGGCUGUCAUCCUUGACAAGUACAUCGCCGCCGUGCGCAUGCAUUCCGCCGUGACCCGGCUCGAUGAUCUGCGCCGCUUCUGCGAGCUCUGGUCGAGGCGAGACCCCAACGGCACGAUGUGGCUGGCGUCAUCGGCGCUGCCGGAGCUGCUCGAGGAGCUGCGUCUGCCACUGGGCGUUGGCGACCGCCACAACCGCGUCGCGGUGAUGCAGCUGCUGCGGGAGUACAACAUCCCCGACCACAACGGCCGCGUCUACUACUACGAAGUGUUGAUGCCGCUGGCACGACGUGUCAUGGCGAUGGCCUUCAACGAGGCGCAGGACGCGCAGACCACCGGCGGCCAGGUGCCAAGCGAGGUCGCGUGGCGCCUGUCAGAGCGCUCCCUUGGCGCGCUGCCGGCCUCCUUCGCCAAGAUGGAGCCGAGCUCGGUGACGGUGGCGGACCAAUACGCCGCGACAUUGGUGCAAGCGGCCUACCGCCGUGACCGGGCGAUGCGCAACUACUACAUCGCCAAGUCGGAGCUGUGGCGUCUUGGCCGGCAGGCCUGCGAUGCGCAGGGCGUUCCUUACGCGGGCUACGGCUUUGGCAAGACAUCCCUCGCCGGCCCGGACCCGCGCGAAGAGGGGCAGCGACGCGGCUUCUACGUGCCGAAGGACGCCACUCUGGCGAACUCAGGGGCGGACCGCACCUACGCCGAUCCGGUUGCGGCACGCAUUGCAGCGAUGCGGGAGUCACUGGCGGCGCAGAGGCGUGCGGGCGAGCAGGAGCCGUCGACGCUGCUGCCGGCGGUGUACCGCUCCGCCAUCUUACCGGAGGAGAAGCGCUUCGGCCCUGAUGCCCCGGACGCCAUCCGCCGUCACGAACGUCGCGAUGCGAAGCUCGAACGAAAGCGGGCGCAGGAGGCGCAGGAGCGAGAGCACUACGAGCGCAGCCACACCAAUAGCCCCGCGCGUGCCUUCCACGACCGUCGCGUCGACGACGACGACGACGACGGUGCAGGCAGCUUGACCGCCGAGGGCGCAGAUGCGGACGUGGACCUCGACACGGACGCGCCGUACCGCGAGGGCACCUUAGAGUCGCAGUCGCCGGCGCAAGACAGUCAGUACCUCUUAGAUCCGAUGAAUGCUAACUAUCAGCCCCCGCUCGGCACGAACCCAGAGGAGCUGCGGCAGGAGGAACUCGACCGCCGCCUGCACGCUGCCGCUGCUGCUGCGUCGGUGUCGCCUUCUGCGUACAAAGAUGUCACAUCUAUAGGGUACAACCCAGAGUAG